AUAUCACUCAGAAUUCGGCCAUUGAACAAGACCGAGAUAAGAAUGGACACGGAUGGCGUCUGGCAUCACUCCCCUCUUGAACACAAUGUGUUGAAAUUGGCCAGAGGUCGUGAAGGUACAAGAGAUGACAAAGAAUGGGUAUUCGAUCGUGUCUUACCUCCAAACUCGACCAACUCUUCUGCUUAUACCACUUCGGCCCGAGCUCAUGUCAAAGCCGCUAUGGACGGAUUCAACUCCGUCUGCUUUGCGUACGGUCAGACAGCAUCAGGGAAAACAUACACUCUUACAGGCUCACCGAAUGAUCCUGGAAUCAUCCCUUUGGCCAUAUCCGAUCUUUUCUCACAAAUUCGCCACUCACCAGAUCGAGAAUUCCUUCUUCGAGCGUCGUACCUGGAACUGUACAAUGAGACCAUUCUGGACCUUCUCUCCCCCGAACCAAGGGAGCUCUCACUUGCUGAGGGCAAGAAAAAGGGAGAGGUAGUCAUCAAUGGCUUGACAGAGUGUGCCGUCAGAGCAGAGGACGAAGUAAGAAGGCUUUUGAGGAAAGGAGAAGAAAGACGUAAGGUGGGAGGGACGGAUUGGAAUACUAGAAGCUCUCGAAGUCAUUGCGUUUUCCGAGUCGUCAUUGAGUCAAGAUCAAGGUCUGGAAAUGGGGAUGAGACCCCGCUCCCAACCCGAACUCCUGGAAAGAAGAAUGCUGGAACGCAAAUGACCAGGAUCAGUACAUUGUCAAUCAUCGAUUUGGCAGGUUCAGAGAAACAUACGAGCUCUAAGGAGCGUAAUGCCGAAGGGAAACAUAUCAAUCAAUCACUUCUCACACUCAAGCUUGUCAUUUCCAAAUUAGCCGACAUGGCUUCCAAACGGACCGUCAUGCAUGUUCCUUACCGCGACUCCAAGCUUACCCGUUUACUACAACCUUCCCUAUCGGGCGAUGCUCUCAUCUCAGUCAUUUGCACGAUCUCCCCGUCAUCGUUGAACGUCGCCGAGUCCAUGUCGACCUUGGCCUUUGCUCAAGGACUGAAACGUGUCGUCCUUAGAGCAGAGAAGAAAGAGCUAGCAGAUCCUCAGGCGUUGAUACAGCAAUAUCAAAAUGAGAUUGCCGAGCUUCGGGCGCUCCUACGUGAGAGAGAAGGGCAAGAGACUCAAGUGACUAAAGCAGAGAAGCAGAAUAAUGCCGCGUUGGAAAAGAGAUUAGGAGAACUUCGAUCCCUCAUUCUUACUUCCGGCAACGUACGAUCUCCGUCUAUCGAACAAGAAGGGGAAGCUAGACCAUUAAGUCCCACUAAAUUGAAGUAUCCCAGAUUGGAUUAUGGAAGAUCGACAGCCGAGUUACAAGAAGAUUUGCAUGCGGCAGAGCUCAAGGUCACUGCUCAGGAAGAAGAGUUACACCGACUGAGAAUGGCACUAGAAGCCAGACCUGUCAACGCAGACCAGAGGAUAGUAGAGUUGCAGAAUGAGAUCAGUCAGUUGAAGAUGAUUGCAGACGAUUAUGAACGUCAUCUCGCUGAACCCUCUCGUAAAGUCCGGGAGGAUGUGGAACGAGAAUGGUCUGGUCGUGUGGAAAAGUUAGAAAGACAACUUGAAACUAAAGCUAUAUGGGCUAUCCGGCUCGAUGAGAAUAUCAGAGCUUUGACAGAGGAGAACAAAGGUCUCAAAUCUCGUUGCGCAGAAGCAGAAAACACCGUAGCUUUAAUAAAAGAUUGGCUUUUUUCCGCUCUCACAGAAGAUCCAUCAAUUCCAAACCCAUCAUCUUCUCACCAUCAAACUUCCCUCGACGAAACCGUUUCUGUAUCGGAUUUCGGACCCACUUUGUCUGUUCAAAACAAAGAUUCACUCAUGGCGAGAGGAAUGACCAGAGCUCAAUUUUCACGUAUGGAUUUAGCCACGUUGAGUGAGAAAUUCGGAUCGUUGACGAUGGGUAGAGGAAGUAGGAAAAUGAAUGGAGGGAGGAUGUUAAGGGAUGAAAGUUGUUUUGGAUUCACAGAAGGGGAUGAUGAUAUUUUUUAA